CACUUUUCAUUGAUACCUCUGUAUUUUACCUGUUUGGGAUUUUGACAAGCUCCAGACUCUGUGUGUGGCUGGGGAUUUGGACUGCUUUGCAAAUGGGUAUUUCUUCACAAGAACUGUUUCCAGCACUCACUGAGACAGACCUCUCAGUAACUGGGGACCUGACCGGCCUUGCCUACUGAGCUUGGGGGAAAACUGGAUGCAGAUGAGUUGAUUAUAUUCCAUGAAGUCAUAGCUCACCACCUGCCAGGGUUUAAACUACUUCUGUAGCAUCACUUCACCUGUGGACUCUUUGAAAUUUUGCUUUGUUGGGGGAAAAAAAACUGGGGUAAGAGGAGGUUGUUUUUAACAAGUUAGCAUCCUCUUCCUCCCUUAUAAGUUGCUGCAAAGGAUCAGGUUGUGACUCCAUUGGAUCGCUCCUUCACAUCAAAAUAGGAGAAGAGAAAGAAGAAAGGGACCAUGGCUCUGAGUGGCAACUGUAGUCGUUAUUAUGCUCGAGAACAAGGGGCUGCAGUUCCCUACUCCUUCCCUGAGGUCGUGGAGCUGAAUGUUGGGGGUCAAGUUUAUUUCACUCGCCAUUCCACAUUAAUAAGCAUCCCUCAUUCCCUCCUGUGGAAAAUGUUUUCCCCAAAGAGAGACACAGCUAACGACCUAGCCAAGGACUCCAAGGGAAGGUUUUUCAUUGACAGAGAUGGAUUCUUGUUCCGUUAUAUUCUGGACUAUCUCAGGGACAGGCAGGUGGUCCUGCCUGAUCACUUUCCAGAAAGGGGAAGACUGAAAAGAGAAGCUGAGUACUUCCAGCUCCCAGACUUGGUCAAACUCCUGACCCCCGAUGAAAUCAAGCAAAGCCCAGAUGAAUUCUGCCACAGUGACUUUGAAGAUGCCUCCCAAGGAAGUGACACGAGAAUCUGCCCCCCUUCCUCGUUGCUCCCUGCUGACCGCAAGUGGGGUUUUAUUACUGUGGGUUACAGGGGGUCCUGCACCAUGGGCAGAGAGGGGCAGGCGGAUGCCAAGUUUCGGAGAGUUCCCCGGAUUUUGGUUUGUGGAAGGAUUUCCUUGGCGAAGGAGGUCUUUGGAGAAACUUUGAAUGAGAGCAGAGACCCUGACCGAGCCCCAGAAAGAUACACAUCCAGAUUUUAUCUCAAAUUCAGGCAUCUGGAAAGGGCUUUUGAUAUGUUGUCAGAAUGUGGAUUCCACAUGGUGGCCUGUAACUCCUCAGUGACAGCAUCUUUCGUCAACCAAUAUACAGAUGACAAGAUCUGGUCAAGUUACACCGAGUACGUCUUCUACCGUGAGCCUUCCAGGUGGUCAUCUUCACACUGUGAUUGCUGCUGCAAGAACGGCAAGGGUGACAAAGAAGGAGAGAGUGGCACCUCCUGCAACGACCUCUCCACCUCCAGCUGCGACAGCCAGUCUGAGGCCAGCUCUCCCCAGGAGACAGUCAUCUGUGGGCCCGUGACACGCCAGACCAACAUCCAGACUCUGGACCGUCCCAUCAAGAAGGGCCCCGUCCAGCUGAUCCAGCAGUCAGAGAUGCGACGGAAAAGUGACCUGCUCCGGACUCUGACUUCCGGCUCUAGGGAGUCGAACAUGAGUAGCAAAAAAAAAGCUGUUAAGGAAAAGCUGUCAAUUGAGGAAGAGCUGGAGAAAUGUAUCCAGGAUUUCCUAAAGAUCAAAAUUCCAGAUAGGUUCCCAGAGAGAAAACACCCUUGGCAAUCUGAACUUUUACGGAAGUAUCAUCUAUAGGGGCGGGUGAGGGGGCGGG